AAGAAGAAAGAACACAUUGCUGCAAUGUUAAUUAAAUGUGUUACGAGACUCUGUAUGUACGACCGUGUGAGUAAGGUCUACGUCACAAAAAAGCUAUAGGUCUUAUGCCCGUUUUCUCCAAUGUUAAUCUGAGCUUAAACUCGGUUCAUCCUAUCUUGAAAUAUAUUUUAAAAAUUGAACUGAGUUUGAACUGCAUCGGAGAAAACGGCCAUAAGGGUCUAGGAUUAAUUAUCAAUAAUAACAGAGCAAUGGCAGAUUACGUUAUCACGAAAAAUACAAAUAGUAAAAAUGCUUCGACCCGAGAAGAACUGGAAAAAUUUGACAGCUCGUGCCUUAUUGACAAAAUCCUGCAAUUAGAAGCUCACAAUUAUCAGCUGAGGAGAAUAAUCAAGAAAGCUGAGGAUUCGAAACAGAGUUCUCUUAAUAAAAAAUCGAAUAACGAGUCUGCUAAGCCAUUUGACUUUUCUCGAUGCUACAAAAGACACGUGCUCUUGAAAUUUUUUUAUCUCGGUUGGAACUAUCAUGGUUUCGUGGAGCAAGAAGACAACAAUAAUACAGUGGAAGAGCACAUAUUUAUCGCCUUAAAACGAUCGUGUUGUAUCGAGAAUCGUCAAACUUCGAAUUAUCACAGAUGUGGGCGUACGGAUAAAGGAGUGAGUGCAUUUUCCCAAGUCAUAUCGCUGGAUAUUCGGAGUCGUUUGGAACCCAGCGAACAAGAUAAAAUCGAGGAUGAAUUGGAUUAUUGCAGAAUUCUCAAUAGAUUGUUACCUAGUGAUAUCAGGUGUUAUGCUUGGGCCCCUGUUCAAAGAACAAAGUCAGCCCGCUUUGACUGCAAACAUAGAACGUACAAAUACUUUUUUCCAAGAGGUUACUUGAACAUUGAAGCAAUGAACGAAGCAGCUGGCUAUAUCGUGGGUUACCACGAUUUUCGAAAUUUUUGCAAAAUGGACGUUGGCAAUGGUGUUGUACGUUUUGACAGAAAGGUCGACGAAGCCAAAGUUAUUACAAUUAAGCCUCGAGAAUCUGAUGAAAUAUCUGGCUAUGAUAUGUACCAAUUCGUCAUAAAAAGCCAGGCUUUUUUAUGGCACCAGAUCCGGUGCAUAAUGGGAGUUUUAUUGCUCGUUGGACAAGGAAAAGAAAAGCCUGUGGUAGUACGCGAUCUUCUCAAUGUAGAAUCGUGUUCUCGUAAACCGCAGUACAGUCUCGCUCACGAAUUACCAUUGAAUUUGUACGAUUGUCACUUUGAUGAUGUUAAAUGGAUUUUCGAAAAAAAUGAAUUAAAUCUUGUCGUUCAGAGUCUAGAAAAAGAUUGGACUAUAAAUGCAGUCAAAUCAACAAUGAUUCGAGAAAUGUUGGACGAUUUGAAAUCUCAUUUGGAUGAUGAAGGCCCUCUAAAAGAUCCUGGACAUUUUUCGUUGCUGCAAGGUGUGCAAGCUACAAAUUAUCAACCGCUAAUGAAACGUUUAACUUGUGAAAGCCUCGAGAAUCGAAUAGAACAUUAUGAGAAAAAGCGGAAAAUUAAAUUAGUAGAAGAUACAGCAAUCAAACGCGAUGAAGCAAUGAAAACUCAGUCAUAACUGAAAAUCUUUACAAUUUUUAUUAUAAGUUUGUGCGGUCGAAGACUUGGUGAAGCGAUAAAAAAUAAGAAAAGGCA